AUGUUCAAAACCUUUUAUGUACUAUUCCUGUUUUGUGUUAAGUGCUUCAUACUGUGCAACAGUAGCAAGACCAACAUAAACAUGAAGAAAAAGAGUAAGAGCUCCUUGUUCUUUAUCCCAUGUAAAGUAAAAAUUAAAAACAGUGUACUAUUCAUAAAUUCAUCUCAAAGAGAGUCUUAUAAUAUGAAUAAAUCUCUUUAUAAUCAUAAAAAUGAGAGUUAUUAUUCAAAAAUUGGUUUACGCAAAAAAAAAGAUAAGGAAUCCAUAAAUGGCUAUUUGAAAAGAGGCUAUACUAAAUUAUUUGGAAGAAAAAAGAACAAAGAAGGAGAGGAAUUAGGAAAUGAAAAUCAGGAGAAUAUAUAUGAAACCUUUUUAAUAAUUGAUGGAUCAUCUAUUUUAUUUAAAAACUUCUUUGGUAUGCCGUAUUUAAAAAACAAUAAUGAUGUAAAUCUAAGUACGAUAUAUGGGUUUAUACAGUCAUUAAACAAAAUAUAUAAAUUAUUAUUUCCAACCUAUGUAGUUAUCAUAUUUGACUCGAAGACAUCAAAUGAUGAUAAGAAGAAAAUAUAUUCAAAAUAUAAAAUUUUUAGAAAAAAAAAUCCUGAAGAAUUGUAUGAACAACUCAAAAUCGUAAGUGAGUUCUGUAACGUUAUAGGCAUCAAAACUAUUAGUUCAACGGAUGUAGAGAGUGAUAACUAUAUCGCCCAAAUUGUUGAAACCAUUAGUAAUACAGUGAAAGAGAGGGACCAUCUUUCUUGCAAUAAUAAAGAAGAACUAAAAGAUAUAGAGGAGCAAAUAUCGAACAUUAUUGCAAAAAAAAAAAGACAAUUUCGCGUUAUCAUCGUUUCUAGCGAUAAAGACUUAUUACAACUUUUAGAAUACAAUGAUGAUGCACAUAAUAAUAUGAACAUUUCUGUGUGUCAACCAAAUAGAAAAUAUCGACUAGUUAAUGCGGAUUUAUUUUUUGAAGAACACAAUAUAUUACCGUGUCAAUACAGCGAUUAUUUAAUUUUAGCUGGAGAUCAAACAGAUGGUAUCUCUGGUGUUCCAAGUAUUGGUGAUAAGACUAGUAAAUAUUUACUUAAAGAAUUUCACAGUAUUGAUAAUAUUUUACAGAACUUGCAUAAAAUACCAAGCAAAUUACAUCCUAUUUUUCUUAAUAAUAUAGAAAAUAUAAACAUAUUUCGAAAAAUUAUUAAAUUAAAGUGUGAAACGAAUGAUACAUUAGUAUUUGAUGAAUACAGACAAGGCAGCAUAAAAGACUUCGAGGCUUUUCAAAAUUUUGUAGAUAAGUAUUCGCUCCACAAACUACUCAGGAAAAGCAUAAUCGUUAACUACGUUGGGGGAACCUCAAAGACGCAUCAUAAUUAA